UCGAGUGAGAGCUUAAAAGCUAUACCUCUUCAGUUCGCGUCUAAUUAACUUGGAUAUCAACUUUGUCAUUGAUACAGUCGGCGUGAUUGUGCAUUGAAGAGCGUUAGCAAAAUGGCAGCAGAAGGAGAGACCCCAGGUGGUUUGGCCCCCGCAGAGCCACAGACUGGGCCCGAUGGAGAGAUCAUCGGCGGACCUCGCACGCCGCAGCAGAUCGCUGCACAGCGCCGGCUGCAGCAAACGCAAGCGCAAGUUGAUGAGGUUGUCGAUAUUAUGAAGGCUAAUGUUGAAAAGGUGUUAGACAGAGAUGCGAAAUUGUCUGAAUUAGAUGAUAGAGCUGAUGCUCUUCAGCAAGGUGCAUCACAGUUUGAGCAGCAGGCAAAGAGUUUGAAGAAUAAAUUUUGGUUACAAAAUUUAAAAAUGAUGAUAAUAAUGGGUGUGAUUGGAAUUGUUAUUAUUGGAUUAUUGUUUGUUCGGUACCGUGGCGCGCCGUCUAUGCCCGCCAUUACUGCCGGCGCCCCCACCAAUACCACUGUACCAACCCUUACUAAAGAUUGAAAAUAUAUGUAAAUCUGCUUCGGGUCACUACAACAAAACUACAAAACUAAAUGACUACAUCCUGUUUAAAAUAUAGAAAACAAUAGUUAAAGUA